GUGCUCUCUUAUUAGAGGAAAAGUCUCUAAAAUGCAACCUGUGAGCAGCAGGAAAACUGCUCUGACAUCAGAUCAGGUGAGGCUGAGUUUCACAGAUUUACCACUGGAUGGGGAUGUCCCAAAGAGGUCACACUCUUUARGCUCACACUUUACUCUUUAUUUAAAAUGGGUCACACAGAAAAGCAAAAGGACAAAGUGUGUUUAAUUCAGCAAAGCCCUUUGUGUCGUGAGAAGCCAUAAAGKAUUUGGAUUUUUGAGCAUAUUUCMCUUCAGCUUGUUUCCCACAGACUGAACAAGCCUCUGAGGGGCAUGGCUGAACCUGCYGUGAUGGAUCGACCCCCCCACCCUUCAUCCACAGGGGCUCUGCCCGAGGACAGAUCCCACUGCAGCUUGUCUUCAUCCAGCCAGACGACAAACAGGCAGGACUGCUGGAAAACUUACAGGGUGCAGACAUUUCUCUGCAGCUCAUUAACUUCUCUGCCUUUAAAUUAAAGGUAGGGGAAAAAAAUAAACAUGCACGCAUAAAGAAAGGGAGGAAAACUUGAGGUUAAAUUAAAAACAAAAAGAUGCAACAAUAGAAGAAACAUAAGAGUCAAAAUGAAGACUUUGGAAAAAGUUCAAGGGAAGGCUGAAGGAUUUCUGGGAGGCAACGUGGAGAAAUUUUCAGACGGCAGCAGAGACAGAGUUCUGUCAGACCAGAACGUUCAGGACGUCAGGACACGGUUCAACAGGAAGGCCGGGGUUGCAGCAGGAUGCAAAGCUGAGUCAUACUCUGUGGCGGGAAGUGAAGGAAGCAUUGCCCCCUCUGUGGGAUCUGCGGCCCACCAGGCCUCGGGCAGCACCAGCCCCUGCUCACACUCCUCAUCUGGAGGAUCACGGCACCCUGUCAGUGCUCUGAAGAAAUGGCUCACCAACCCUGUCCGCAAGCUGAGCUCUGACCCCAGAAGUCGAGCGGGGAAAGCCGAGAAGCAGAUGUUCAGGCCAGAUGGGAAAGACCAGUCAUCGCCUGCCUCCCACACUGAGACUAUGCAAAGUUCUCUGGAAAUUAACAAAAACUACAUCCUCCUGUCUUCUGAUCACAAAACACCGGAGGGGAAAAGUCCCACAGAUCCACCUCCGUCACUGCCGCCCCAGCAGAGCUUUUCAUGUGACCUCCUGCCAAGCACAGAAUCCCAGAGUCUGAAUCAGACUGUUAGCACUCUGCCUGGUGAGGAGAACUGUACRAUGCCUGAGGACUCCAGCAGUCAAUGCUCUGCUGCCGUGGACAGCGAGGACGAGAGAAAUGCUGCUUUGGAGAAAAGUUUAUAUGUUCUCGCAGAGCUGAUAGAAACAGAACGGUUGUAUGUUGAGGAUCUUGGACUCAUUGUUCGGGGCUACAUGAGCACGAUGAUCAAUCAGGGAGUUCCAGAAGACAUGAGAGGGAAGGACAGGAUUGUGUUUGGGAACAUCCACCAGAUCUAUGACUGGCAUAAAGAAUAUUUCCUGGGAGAGCUGGAGAAAUGUGUGAAUGAUCCAGACAGUCUGGCUCAGCUCUUCAUCAAACACGAACGACGUCUUCACAUGUAUGUAGUUUACUGCCAGAACAAACCCAAGUCCGAGCAUGUCGUCUCUGAAUACAUCGAGACAUACUUUGAGGAUCUCAGGCAGCAGCUGGGUCACAGGCUGCAGCUCAACGACCUCCUGAUCAAACCCGUUCAGAGGAUCAUGAAGUACCAACUACUGCUAAAAGACUUCUUAAAAUACUACAGCAAAGCUGGGAGGGAAGUUGAAGAGCUGCAGAAAGCGGUGGAGGUGAUGUGUUUUGUGCCAAAACGCUGUAAUGAYAUGAUGAAUGUGGGAAGACUGCAAGGCUUUGAGGGGAAGAUCACAGCUCAGGGUAAACUGCUCCAGCAGAAUACUUUCUCCGUCAGCGAGCAGGAAGGUGGUCUUCUGUCCAGAGCCAGGGAGAGGCGGGUCUUCCUGUUUGAGCAGCUUGUCAUCUUCAGCGAGCCGCUGGAGAAGAAAAAAGGCUUCCCUUUGCCAGGAUACACCUUCAAAAACAGUAUUAAAGUCAGUUGUUUGGGUGUGGAAAACCCUUCUGAAGAGGAUCCAUGCUGUCUGGUUUUGACGUCCAGGGCGACUGAUGGCAGCGUAACACGCUUCAUCAUGCAAACGUCCUCUCCAGAGAUUCAAAAAGCAUGGUUUGACGACGUGGUCCAGAUUUUAGAGACACAGAGGAACUUCCUAAACGCCCUCCAGUCCCCGAUAGAGUACCAACGAAGAGAAAGCACGUCCAACAGCCUGGGAAGGAGCGAGAAGUCUCCUGCUGUGUCGUCACCUGGCCUGUCGUCUCCCUCCUCGGCCUCCACGGAGCGGCGUCACCAGCCCUGCCUCCUGUCCUACAACAGCUCUCUGCCCUCUCUGCACUCGCCUCGACUCAACCAGUCACUGAAGGCGUCCAGCAUGUGCGUCGAGACGUUUCAAGCAGCUCGCCCCCCUUUUUCCUCACACCAUCAGCUCAGCUUGUGCACAGAGCUGAAGCACGACUGUGGCACAUUCUACGCCCUGUCACCUCGCACCAAUCACCACCAGAAGAGUGUGGCUGCCAGUAUCCACUCGGUCUCGUUUUGUGACGGAGCACCAUGUCCGUCUCGUCGGCCAAACAGCUUGGAUCAGCUGGAGGAGUGACCCUCAUGAACUCGUUUUACCUUUCUGGCAUCUGUUGCUGCAGAAAAUGUCAGCGUUAAAUGGAACUUUGCUGCAGAUCAAUCUGGUUUUGGUGGUUUGAAUGUGUUUGUUUCAGCAUCUGUACAUAUGAGCUCAUAGAAAACGUGAAAUAUGUCAUGUUUGACAUCAUCGCUCAGAUGUUUAUGUCUCUUAAUGUUGAUAUUCUUUUUGUUUACCUUUUCCACUGCAUUUUAUGAAGCUAUUUUUGUAAUGGCAAUGAAUCCUCUCCAGGGACCAGUUUGACUUUAUCCCCCAAAGAAAAACCAACGUCUGAAGCAGUUUUAACUGUAUUCUCACUGAGUGACUCACAGGUUCAUUCUGGGAUCACAUCCAGUGUUCUAUUCCACUCAGAUWAGCAAAAAUGUCUUCCCAUUUGAUGGACUGAUUCAACCCUGCCAUUGUGAGUGUUAUCUGGACUGACCACAUUGACACGCUCACGCAAAGUACAUGUAAUAAUCAGGCAUUAAGAGGAAAAAUGGAAACAAAAAAAGCCGAUGUGCUCAUCUGUCAUCAUCGGGUUGAGUGUAAAUAGUUUUGAGUGUAAUCAUAACAGUGUGUUGCCAAGUCCUGAAAGAAAAAGUGACAUUUGUUGUUUUUUGUUCCUGUAUAUUGAAACAUGAAUUUUGUGUUUUUAUGUCAUAAAUAGCAUUUGAAACAUC